GCCACCCUCAUGGACCCCAGUGAUUUCCCUAAUCCGUUUGACCCCUUGACCCUGCCAGAGAAGCCCCUAGCUGGAGACCUUCCAGUAGACAUGGAAUUUGGAGAAGAUCUGCUGGAAUCCCAGACUGCCCCAACUCGAGGAUGGGCCCCCCCUGGCCCUUCUCCAUCCUCAGGAGCCCUAGACCUGCUUGAUACUCCUGCUGGCCUGGAAAAAGACCCUGGAGUCCUGGAUGGAGCCACUGAGCUGCUGGGGCUGGGGGGGCUUCUCUAUAAAGCUCCCUCUCCCCUAGAGCCUUUGGCUUCAGAUUCUCCAAUAACCCUGCAAUCCCCCCAUACUGAAGAAGAGGAGACCACUUCCAUAACUACAGGGAGAAGGGGGUCUCCUGGGCAGGAGGAGGAGCUUCCCCAGGGACAACCGCAGAGCCCCAAUGCCCCCCCCAGCCCUUCAGUGGGAGAGAUUCUGGGGGAUGGAAUCAAUGGUUCUCAGAUCAAACCUGGGGCUCCUAGCCCCACUGCACACCCUUCCUUGCCAGGAGAUGCCCUGACUGGGAAGGCCAGUGAGAAGCCACCUGAGAGGAAGAGAAGCGAGCGUGUUCGAAGAAUAGAGCCUCCAAAGCCUGAGGUUGUGGAUUCCACUGAGAGCAUUCCAGUAUCAGAUGAGGAUUCUGAUGCCAUGGUAGAUGACCCCAAUGAUGAGGACUUUGUGCCAUUCCGACCCCGUCGCUCUCCUCGCAUGUCUCUACGCUCAAGUGUGGCACAAAGGGCUGGGCGCUCUGCAGUGGGCACCAAGAUGACUUGUGCACAUUGCCGGACACCACUGCAGAAGGGGCAGACAGCCUACCAGCGCAAGGGGCUGCCUCAACUGUUCUGUUCUUCAUCCUGUCUCACCACUUUCUCCAAGAAGCCAUCAGGCAAAAAAACCUGUACCUUCUGCAAGAAGGAUAUCUGGAACACCAAGGACUCAGUUGUGGCACAGACUGGUUCAGGAGGCUCCUUCCAUGAGUUCUGUACAUCUGUCUGUCUCUCCUUGUAUGAGGCACAGCAGCAGCGCCCACUCCCCCAGUCUGGGGAUCCUGCCGAUGCAACUCGCUGCAGCAUAUGCCAGAAGACUGGAGAGGUCCUGCAUGAGGUCAGCAAUGGCAGUGUGGUGCACCGACUCUGCAGCGAUUCUUGCUUCUCCAAAUUCCGGGCCAACAAGGGACUAAAAACCAACUGUUGUGACCAGUGCGGGGCUUACAUCUACACCAAGACCGGGAGCCCUGGCCCUGAGCUCCUCUUCCACGAGGGCCAGCAAAAGCGGUUCUGCAACACAACCUGCUUGGGGGCAUACAAGAAGAAAAACACACGUGUGUACCCAUGUGUCUGGUGCAAGACCCUGUGUAAGAACUUUGAGAUGCUAUCACAUGUGGAUCGUAAUGGCAAGACCAGCUUGUUCUGUUCCCUGUGCUGUACCACUUCUUACAAAGUGAAGCAGGCAGGGCUCACUGGCCCUCCCCGACCCUGCAGCUUCUGCCGCCGCAGCCUCUCUGACCCCUGUUACUACAACAAGGUUGAUCGCACAGUCUACCAGUUCUGCAGCCCCAGCUGCUGGACCAAGUUCCAGCGCACAAGCCCUGAGGGGGGCAUUCACCUGAGCUGUCACUACUGCCACAGCCUCUUCAGUGGCAAGCCUGAGGUCUUGGAUUGGCAGGACCAGGUGUUCCAGUUCUGCUGCCGUGAUUGCUGUGAGGACUUCAAGAGGCUUCGGGGUGUGGUGUCUCAGUGUGAGCAUUGCCGGCAAGAGAAACUUCUGCAUGAGAAACUCCGAUUCAGUGGGGUGGAGAAGAGCUUCUGCAGCGAAGGCUGUGUACUGCUAUACAAACAGGACUUUACUAAGAAACUAGGUUUGUGCUGUAUCACUUGUACUUACUGCUCCCAGACCUGCCAGCGUGGAGUCACUGAGCAACUGGAUGGCAGCACCUGGGACUUCUGCAGUGAGGACUGUAAGAGCAAGUACCUGUUAUGGUAUUGCAAGGCUGCCCGGUGCCAUGCCUGUAAACGCCAGGGGAAGCUGCUGGAGACCAUCCACUGGCGUGGGCAGAUCCGUCAUUUCUGCAACCAGCAGUGUCUGCUGCGCUUCUACAGCCAGCAGAACCAACCGAACUUGGAUACUCAGAGUGGGCCUGAGAGCCUUCUGAACAGUCAGUCUCCUGAAUUGAAGCCCCAAACACCCUCUCAAACCAAAGUGGAGAAUAGCAACACAGUGAGGACGCCAGAGGAAAAUGGGAAUUUGGGCAAGAUCCCUGCUAAGACCCGAUCAGCUCCAGCUGCUCCCACCCCUCCCCCCCCCCCCCCACCCCCAGCAACACCCCGCAAAAACAAAGCUGCUAUGUGUAAACCACUAAUGCAGAAUCGGGGGGUCUCCUGCAAAGUGGAGAUGAAGUCCAAAGGGAGUCAGACAGAAGAGUGGAAGCCACAGGUGAUAGUGCUGCCCAUCCCAGUGCCCAUCUUUGUGCCAGUGCCUAUGCAUUUGUACUGCCAGAAAGUUCCAGUGCCUUUCUCAAUGCCUAUUCCGGUACCUGUGCCCAUGUUCCUGCCCACUACUUUGGAAAGCACAGACAAGAUUGUGGAGACCAUUGAGGAGCUGAAGGUGAAGAUCCCUUCCAACCCUUUGGAGGCCGACAUCCUGGCUAUGGCAGAAAUGAUUGCAGAGGCUGAGGAGUUAGACAAGGCCUCAUCUGACCUUUGUGACCUUGUGAGCAACCAGAGUGCAGAGGGACUUCUGGAAGACUGUGACCUGUUUGGGCCAGCUCGAGAUGAUGUCUUGGCCAUGGCUGUCAAGAUGGCCAAUGUCUUGGAUGAGCCUGGGCAAGACUUGGAGGCAGACUUUCCCAAGAAUCCUUUGGACAUUAACCCCAGUGUGGACUUCCUCUUUGACUGUGGCCUGGUAGGACCUGAGGAUGUGUCUACUGAACAAGAUCUACCCCGAACCAUGAGGAAGGGUCAAAAGCGGCUUGUGCUUUCAGAAAGCUGUUCCCGGGAUUCCAUGAGCAGCCAACCUAGCUGUACUGGACUCAACUAUUCAUACGGUGUUAAUGCUUGGAAGUGCUGGGUACAGUCAAAAUAUGCCAAUGGAGAAACUAGCAAGGGUGAUGAGCUGCGCUUUGGCCCCAAGCCUAUGCGUAUCAAAGAGGAUAUUCUGGCCUGCUCAGCUGCUGAACUCAACUAUGGUCUCGCCCAGUUUGUGAGAGAAAUCACCCGACCCAACGGUGAACGAUACGAACCUGAUAGUAUCUACUAUCUGUGUCUUGGCAUCCAGCAGUACUUGCUAGAAAAUAACCGAAUGGUGAAUAUUUUCACGGACCUUUACUACUUGACAUUUGUUCAAGAACUCAACAAGUCUCUGAGUACCUGGCAGCCCACACUCCUCCCCAACAAUACAGUGUUCUCCCGAGUGGAAGAAGAGCACCUCUGGGAGUGUAAGCAGCUGGGGGUCUACUCGCCCUUUGUCCUUCUCAACACCCUCAUGUUCUUCAACACUAAGUUUUUUGGGCUUCAGACAGCUGAGGAACACAUGCAGCUUUCCUUCACCAAUGUGGUACGGCAAUCCCGCAAGUGUACCACCCCUCGAGGCACCACCAAAGUGGUGAGCAUCCGCUAUUAUGCUCCAGUCCGCCAGAGGAAAGGGCGAGACACUGGUCCUGGUAAACGGAAGAGAGAUGAUGAAGCCCCUGUCUUAGAGCAGCGUGAGAACCGUAUGAAUCCCCUUCGCUGCCCUGUCAAGUUCUAUGAAUUCUAUCUCUCAAAAUGUCCUGAAAGUCUCCGGACUCGUAACGAUGUGUUCUACCUGCAACCUGAGCGGUCCUGCAUUGCCGAGUCACCUCUCUGGUAUUCUGUGAUCCCCAUGGACCGAAGCAUGUUGGAAAGCAUGCUCAACCGCAUUCUGGCUGUGCGUGAGAUUUAUGAGGAGUUGGGUCGUCCUGGGGAGGAAGACCUGGAUUGA